CACGAUAUGGUCUCGACGGAUUCGUUUUUCUAUUUCACCGACCCAAAAAGACCGGGACAAGUGUUUGCGAUAAAACGCAAAGAAACUGCACCAGUAAGCGAUAACGCUGCAGCAGGAGUAUCAGCGGCCAGUUAUCAAAAAGCCUUUAUGAAGUCUUACCAGCCAGUCAGCGCGGCCACGGAGUCUGAGCUGGUUUCCCAGCCGAAUGCAAUGCUAAAUAUCUUGCCCUCUUGUACCAAUGGGCUUCCGCGAGAUAUCUUAAUGGGUCUGGAUGAUGUGAUUACAAACCUUGAGCCUGGAAACCCGGCUACGCCUGGAGAUCCGGCUGAGCCAGAAGAAUUGGCUGACGAGGAAGAAUUCACGGGAACGCAAGGUAAAAGAAAACGGAAGCGGAUGCCCGCCGAUGAGAAGACGCUAAUAAGGCUGAAAGCCGUCCUCGAAAAAAACCCUUUUGAUUAUCCUGACAAGUCGGUAGAGCGCAGAGAAGCAUGGAUCGCGGCCGUGAAAUUAGCCAACGGGGACGACAACAUUCCUGUUAAGGAGGCAGAUACGGUCGCUCUUAAAGCAGUGGUGCAGAGACAUCUGAAGGUGUUUAAAUCCAUUGAUAACGAGGAUCGCCCAACCGGGACGGAACGAGAUCUCGAAGUGUUUGACGAAUACAUGCAGGUGAUGGAGCAAAUUACCAGUUAUAAGGAUUCAGCGCCUCUUGCUGUUCGCAAACCAGAAAAGGCCAAAAAAGAUGCAGCCAUUUCAUUGCGCGCACGAGCCACUAGACUAGCGAUGACGAGCGGGAUCUCGUUGGAGAAAUUUGGCGAUUUGUUGACUGCUGAAACAAGUGGCUACGAUGGUGACUUUGAGAAUGGUGACCUGGAAGAACGCUGCGAUGAAAUGCACUUCGACAGAGACGACCUUAUUAAAAUCAACAAGGAUGGUCAGUUGAGUCUUCUACGACGUUUGAAGAGAUCGCCAGGCAAUCCGGCUUAGAAGACAGUCUUCAAAUGCGGGCUGUCAGUGAAGCUACUCCAGGUGCUAACUCAAGCUUAAUCAGAACAAACUGUGAAACAACAAAAAAAGCCGGAAAGCCGGCUGGUGUUAGAACACCAAAGAAGUCACCAUUUAAAGGCAUUAGAGAUGUGGCAGAGGCUGCUCGGAGGAAGGCGACACACCUCCGUGGGAGCAGGCAGCAGUUAGCAGCGCUAGCUGGAGGCUUGCAGUCCGCUGUGGAAAAAAUGUCAGCAGGCGAUCAAAUUAGUUAUGCUAUGGAGAAACAAGAGCGGGCCUUAGAUCGGGCUGCGGAAAAGGAGAGGGUCGAGGCAGAUCGCGCAGAAAGAAUCCAAAAGGAUAAAGAAGACCGGGCUGAAAGGGAGCUGAUCCGACAGCAGCAAGCAGAAAAGGAAGAAAAAGAUCGAGCCGAAAGAGAGGCUGUCCGGAAGCAAGAAUUAGAGCGAUUCAAAAUUGAAAUGGAGCAGCGCGGAAAA